AUGACAUUGUUGCUUGUAAGCUUUAUCUCCUUAUUUUUGUUGAUUUUUUCAGCAUGCCCUAAAUACAGCCUUUCUGGCUCAUGUACAGAUUCUACUUAUAGUUUAAUGACUGAUGGUAAGGUUUGUACUGCGUUUUGCUCUUCAAAAUUCACAAAAGUUUGCACUACAACAUCAGGUUCGACUGUUUGCACUGCUUGCAGUCUCCCAACUUCUCCUAUACUAUUUCAGCUAAAUUUCUGAACUGUCCAGGAUUUAACCAAAAAUUAUAUAGCAAAUGCCCUUAACCCUUCAGAGCACUUCUCGGGAGGAAGUUCUUUCAGCUCUAUUUCAAAAAGCUCUCCUCUUCCUAUUGUAGAUCGAGGAUUUUAUUUUGCUCCGCCUUCAUCUUUGGGACUUACUUCAGGAUAUUAUGCCGCUCUUUAUUUUACUUUAAAUAUAUGAAUCCGCCCUUUGGCUGCAGGACAGAUUUUUACUUUUUUUUAUAAUUCUGGCUAUUAUAUUGAAUGUAUCGUAGGCUCUAACACCUUUAUAUUAAAGGUGCUAUUAUUAGACUCGAAUGAUUCUAAUCAGACAAAGGUAACAGCUUAUAGCAACGUCUAUACCACUGUUUGGCAAACGGUUUCAUUCCAACUUGAGCAAGCAUCUUGCAACCAAGUAAAUUUAAAAUUUUAUAUGAAUUCCUCGCCAACUGUUACUAGUUUUUAUAAUUAUGAAGUGAAUUAUCCAAUAGGGUGUUAG